UAGACGAGUCACACUGAAACGAGAGGCCAACGAAAACAAGGAAGUACCCAGGAAGCGAGCAGGAACUUGAAUUAGUCGCGAUAAAAUACAGUGACUUUGGUUUAACACUCACUAUAUUCAUUUGUUCCCAUCAAAGUAACGUUACAAUGAACAACAAAGGUCCAUAUCAACAGCAAGCUGUGUAUCCGCAACAGAACACAGCACCCAUAUACCCUCCUACUAUGCAAGUGCCUCCACCUCCCCAGGCACCCCCCUACUCAGAUGCCCCUCCUGCCUAUUCUGAGAUCUACCAGCCAAGGUAUAUGCACCCACCCCAGGCCCCCGGUCAACUACCUCCAAUGACCACUGCAUACCCUGCCACUCAGAUGUAUGUGCCCAUGCCACAAACUGUACCGGUAGGUGCAAUGGCUCCUAAUGUUCCAAUGGCUUACUACCCCAUGGGACCUGUGUAUCCUCCAGGCUCCACAGUCUUAGUGGAGGGUGGAUUUGAUGCUGGAGCUCGAUUUGGCCCUGGUGCCGCUGCUUCCAUCCCUCCCCCUCCUCCUGGACAUGCCCCAAAUGCAGCGCAGCUGGCAGCCAUGCAAGGUGCGAAUGUGAUUAUGACACAACGCAAAAACAACUUCUUCAUGGGUGGCUCUGGAGGGGGAUAUACUAUCUGGUAACAGUGAGAAGGACCUUCUUGGGCCUUGGUCUCCAUCUUCUCUGGUUCCCUCUCCCUUGGGGCAGCUUGGCUAUGCCAUGAUACUGAUAAAACCUACCGGAAUGUAAUGUUUUAGAGUCCCUAAUAAUGGUACAGUACUCAACUGUUGAGAUAAUUUUCAUAAAAAACAAAAACAUGAAGUAUUGCAGACAAACUGUGAUGCUUAUAAAGCACGCUGUGUUUAUAGAGAGCACUUUUCGCACAAUUCAUUGUUCAUUCAUUGUUGUUCUUGAUGCAUUUCUCUUUGAUUUUGAACAUUUUUAGACUACUUUCAUGUUUGUUAGAUCAAGAAUAUUUUCAGUGUUUGUCAAACUGAUAUUUUCCCCCCAUCCUGCAACAAAUUUUCUACCCUUUUGAUCUGUCCUAUCAGAAGUGCUUUCAUAAAAGUAGCUAUGCACUACCCAGUCAGCAGUUUAAUUACACUUUCUAUUAAAAUGGCUUCCAGUAUGUGUAAGUAACACAACUUUAGAUGUAGUCUCCUCUUGUGAGGUUAAAUUGUGCUUCACAUAGUAGAAUUAUAUGUUUACAAAUUCUUAUCACAGUUGAGUACUGUACCUUUUAGGCGAGAGUAGAUAAACAUAAUCAGGUGCCAGAUUAUACUGAGUACCAUUAAUUUAACAAACAUUUGCAGAUAAAAACAAUGCAGUACAAAAAAGAAAACCCUUAUUUUUGGUUCAGAAAGUUGGUUGGCUUUUUUAAUUCUUAAUCCCCCAAUCAUGUCGGAUACCCAGAGCUGUACAUAAUGCACUGUUUAAUUUUAGUUUAGUGAAAUGUCAGACCGUUUCCUUUUCACAAUAGUGUGUGCUUAUCGCACAGUUUUCUUUAGCAUUGUCCUCAACGUUAGAAUUAUUUAGAGAUCAGGGCUUAAUCAAGACAUUUUGUUUUCUUUUCAGUACUUCAGCACAUCAAGCAGGUUUUCUUUUUCCUAGGCAACAUUUAAAUGUAUAACCAAGGAGCUGGUUGUACCAAAGAUCUGGAUUAGAAUGCACUAAAAGCUUUUGCUGUGACUUGAAAGUCAUCUUCUCUCAAUAAUUCUGCACAUGAAAAAUUAAUAAAAGAUAAACAUAUCAAAAUUAGGGGACGGUGAUUGUUUUGUGGGCUUGAAACGCCUGCUAAAGCACACCACUGCUCUGACUGUCUUUUGUAGUAGGGUGUGUUUAAAAAAUUGUAUCUAGCAUAAUUGCAUCUUGAUGGUUCUGCAUGCCUUUUGCACUUUUAUUCAAUACUAUUUUGUUUUUAAUAAAGAUUUAUCAUUGUUAAAUUUUUAGAAAUACUACAAAUAUUAAUUUAUGUGUACUGUCAACCAACUCUGAAAUGUUAGACUUUUUGCAACUUGUUUUUUGUACAAAUGCUUUAUAAAUGCAAAUACAGUGUGUCAUUACAUUUUGCUGCGUGAAUAAUUUUUCAAAGGCAUUUCAUAUUCAUAUAUAUUCUUUCUACAGGAAACGAUGUGUAGUUGCCCACUCUGCCUCUUACCACUCAUAGUUUUGGAUCAUUUGGAAGAUUAUUUUACGCCAUAAGCAAAGCAGAUAAAGCUCUAGAAAGGUGCCAGCACUUUUCUUCAUGUCGGUAUUUUUCUUUACUGGCAUUUGUGUUCUCAAAAGCCUUAUUUUUCUUCCUUUCUCUUACUGAAUAUUCAUCUUACCCAUUGCUACUAAACACUAAAAUGCUCUGCAUCAGUAGGGUGAAACUGGAUUUGUUUUCAGAAACACUUUAACAGUUUGUCUACUGUAAAGUUAUUGAAAUGUGACACUUGUUCAUUCAGUUCCUUCUUCAUGCAGGCCAGUUAAUUGGUCCCCCAUUUUUGUACAGUAAACACUGUCUUUCAGUUCAACUAUUGUGUUAAUGUGCUUUUUUCUUCCUUAAAGUUCCACUUGUAGGGGAAUUUUACACAUUUUUCUAAAUGUAAUGUGAAUAAAAUCAUUCAGACUGGUUUGAUGUGAAAUUAUUAAUUGUAGAGAAAAUCCUUAAAAAUGUUGGCAGUGUUGACAGCAAAAAAUAUAGCCAUUUUGUGCUAUCUAAAAUGACCUGUGAACCUACAAGUGGAUAGAUUUUUAUAUAUAAUGCUGAUAAUGUUAAAAGUGGUGGUUAAACUGGUAAAACAAUACCUGGUCAUGCACUGCCAUGCAUGUAUUAUAAAAGUAUGUGUUUGUCCAAAAUGUUAUCACAACUAUGAUAAAAUAUCAUAAGCAUCAAGCUAUGUAUAUGUGACUAUUUUGUGUAAUAAUGUGGAGUGAGGUACCUCUAAGAGGCAUUAAAUGCUUUUUCUGUCUGAUUCCUACUACCAGAAUUGUGAACAACUCUGAACCAUUCAAACCACUCUAAAUGACUUUAUUUAAAUAUCAACAACUGAAUUAUGCAAAAAUCUUGAAAAACAAUAGGUAAAAUUCCCUUAUUAACAGGUACACCGCUGGGUAUCCGACACUAAUUCUGAAUAUUUAAGCUGUUUUCUCCCUCAUGCUCUUCCAUUGCUAGCAUGACUUCCCUUGCAUUACCAUCUGAGUGAGGCUCAAGCCCAGGAAAAAAUUUUAAAAAGGCCAAAGCCUUCAGCUCCAUAUCAUAAAAAGCAUUAAGUGAUCAUAAUCAGCAUGUCAGAAUUUGAGGUUAUGCUAAAGUUCAUACUUUUACCAGACUAUUCACUUGUGAAGUUAUGGGGGAACAAAUUACAGUUGAUGAACAGUUUGGAGUUCAUGGAUUGUUUUAAAAUUUUGUGGUAAGAGAUGAAGAUAAUGCUCAAUGCUUCAGACUCCUUCAGAAAGUGAUCUGCAAUUACGCUGGUUCACUUAACUUUAUACUAAACAAUAUUUAGAAUAAAGACUAUUUUGGAAAAUUAAA